AUGACCGAAAGGAAGGAGAACCAUACAAAACCACCACCACUGCCACCACCACCACUGUUACAACAAAACACCACCAUCACCACCAUCACCACCACCUCUGCCCCACCAGAAUCUGCUGUGGAAGACUGUUCAACAACAACAACAACAACAACAGAACCCCAAGUCAUGACCUCCAACUCCAACCACUACUCGGAGGAUCCAUCGAGUUUUAAUCAUUUACCUCAUUCCGAUACGGUUGUGAACACUGAUCAUGAAAAUUGUGAGGAAUCCAUCAAUGCGACACUUAAAGUCAUUUCUCCUAAAGUAGAAGCAGUAGAGAUUCAUCAAAAUCCUCCUCCUCACACUAAUUUAGAGGAAGAAGAAGAGGAUCAACAUUUAAUUGAAAUUUCUUCUGUCAAAAUUAUUCCAAAUGACCGUAAUAGUGGUGAUGAUCAUAGUGGUGGUGUUGAUCACAAGAAUUCACCAUCAUCACAAGUGUUCACCCCAGUCGAAUUGGAAAGAUCUUGUCAUAUUCUCAUUUAUAGAAAUCAGAAAUUUGAAGCAGAGUUAAAUGGUGAAUUUUUGAAAUUAUUUGCUUGUACUAGCACCACUGGUCGAUCUGCUACAUUUAAAUUUAAUAAUAAUAGUAAUAAUAGUAAUGGUAAUAGUAAUGGUAAUAGUAAUAAUAGCAACAAGAUGACUCCAACAACACCAGUAUUAAGUAUUUCAUUGGAAAAUGUUUUUGCCAUACAUCCUAAAAACUCUCUUACAUUUUCAGUAUUUACCUUUCAACCCAAAGACUCUAAAAAGAUUGUCUAUCAUUUUGAAACAUCCUCUCCUGAAGAAACUAUGGAAUGGGUGGAUUCAUUAAGAUCGAAUACUUUUAAAGUCAAUUCCAAUGCGAAUCGAUCGUAUACCACUAUGAAUACUACUACUAUGAAUACUACUACUAUGAAUACCACCACCAAUUCUAAUUCUACUACUAUGAAUACUACUACUACUACUACAAAUACCACUGUAGGGUCCUCCUCCUCAUUUGGAUCUCAUCGUAAAGUUCUCAUCUUUUUAAAUCCAUUCAGUGGUAAAAAACAAGGACUUAAAAUCUUUGAAAAACAUGUCAAACCUAUUUUAGAUGUCGCACAUUUAUCCUAUGUUGUUAUUAAAACAGAGAGAGCUCAACAUGCUUUUGAAUUUUGCGCCACAUCAUUAGACAUUUCUAAAAUGGAAUAUACAGAUAUUGUCGGAAUGGGAGGUGAUGGAAUUGUCUUUGAAAUCAUAAAUGGAAUUGGAAAGAGACAAGAUUGGAAACAAGUAUUCAAAUCAGUAAGAAUCGGACACAUUCCAGGUGGAACCAGUAAUGCAUUGGCAGUCAGUGCUGGUUCACAACUCAAAACAGGUAAACCAGCAAGUCCUGAAAUGGCAGCAUUUAUUGUAGCGAGAGGUUUCUAUCAACCCAUGGAUUUAGAGUCUUGUUUUCAAGCACCGAACAAACAUUAUCUUUCCUUUUUAAGUAUCACAUGGUCAGCCAUUGCCGAUGUUGACAUUGGUACUGAAAAUAUGAGAUGGAUGGGAGGUGCUCGUAACACAGUCGGUGCCCUUAAACAAAUUCUUACCAAGAAAUCCUAUCGUGGAAAAUUGAAAUAUUUACAUCCACCACCACCACCACCAUCAGAACUAGAACGUAAUAUCACUACACCACCACCAUCAACCACAUCAUCCACACCAAAACAAUCCAACAUGUUGACCCUAAAGAAUAUUAAAUUGAAUGAACAACGAUAUUCUGCCUAUCAUUGGAAUCACAACAAUCUCACCACCACGUUGACCACCAACACCACUACUACUGAAAAGAUUCAAUGUCCUCUCUUAGAACAAUAUUUCUAUGAAGAUUUCAAAGCAAUAGCACCUGAAUAUUGUACUCAUACUGCAAAUGCCACAAACAAAAAUAUUACUACUACUACUACUCAUACUAUUGACAGUACUAGUACUAAAACUGACACCUCCACCACCCUCCACUCGAUCCAUGUUGAUACAAACUCAUCAUUAAUGGUCACAGAAAUUGAAGACAAUUUUAGUUUAUUUGUAGCAGCAAAUAUUUCUCAUUUAUCCUAUGAUUUUAUUGCUUCUCCAAUGGCUCAUCAUCAUGAUGGUUAUAUUGAUUUAGUGUAUGUGAAGGAUAAUAUUAGUAGAGGUGAAUUUUUAAAUAUAUUUUUAGCUGCAGAGAAGGGUGAUCAUAUUUUUGAAAAGGCAGUCAAUAUUUCAAAGGUGAAAGCAUUUAAAUUAAGUCCAAUGGACACUGGUUCUUAUGUGGUUGUGGAUGGUGAGGCUGUUGAUUAUAGUGACAUUUUAGUUGAAGUUCAUCCUUCAAUGUGUAAUUUAUUGACUCUCUAG